AUGGAAUAAAUACUUAUCCUUAUUCAAUAAUUAUACAACGAAAAUCAAACAAUUCGUAAUUAAUCUGAAAUUGAACUUCAUAAAAUCUUCAAAGAUGUAGGCAAUAUUAAAUAAGGUUUUUAAUAAUUACUUCUACCUUUUCAAAAUCAGAAUCUGAGAUUAUAAUAUUUCAUUUUUCUAAAGAAUUUUAUUAUGAAGAAUUAUGAAUUCACUCCUAAUUAUAUUCAGAAAGAAAUCUAAAAUAAUAUCUUAGAAUUUAUGAAUAAAUUUGACUUUACAUUAAUUCCAUUUUAUUGUGAUUUACUCAUUUUUAUUAUAGAAAAAUAGUUACCCUCAUUAGAAAUUAUCUAAUUCAUAAUAAAUCAAACCAUUUAUGAUAGUUAUCAUAUUAAAAUAAUAACAGAAAUGAUGCACAAUCCUAUUAUCAAAGUAAAAGUUAAACUUAAAGAAUAUUAUACAAUUACUUAAAAAAUGGUACUCUAUUACAAUUUAAUUGAUAUUCAAAAAUUGAAUCUUCUAUCUGAUCUUUACAUUUCACUUAUUAAAUCAAUUUAUAAAUUUGAUGAAAAUAUAUAGAGUACUAUAAAUCAUUAAUUUUGUGAAAUUUUAACUUAUCAUUGUCUUGAAUAUAAUCUAUUGAGAAAAUUCGCUAGAAUAAUUCAUAGAUUAAAUAGAAAUGGUUUACCUCCUUAAGAAAUUUAAACAAUGCUUUUUGAUGUUUUGAUGUCAACUUAUAUGUAAAAUGAAAAUCAAAGAAUAACUGAUAAAUAUUUAGCAUAUAAAAUAUUAAAAGUUUUUAAAUAAUUAUUAUAAGAUAGAUAAAUUGAAGAAUGGAAAUAAGAAUCAAUUAUCUUUUUUUCUAUGAUCAAUUUAAUUAUGCUUGAAUAUGAUUAAUAUGAAAAUUAAUUUAGUACUUUAGGAGAUGAUAGUGAAUAAGAUUAUCUUUUAAUUAAAAUAAGAAGGUUUGGUGCUCAAUUUAUUCAUCAUAUGACUAGUUAUUGUUCAGAAUAAAUUAUGAUUAAAUAAUUAUUUCGUUUAAAAGAUUUAAUUACAAAUGAUAUUUAACAUGAAGAAUUCAAUUGUAUUAAAUUAGAAGCUCAUUAUUAUGUAAUUACAGAAAAUAUUUCUUUAAUUCCUAUUCAUAUGAUUGAUGAAAAAUUUGUAAAUGAAAUUAUUACAAUUCUAUAAGCAUAAGAUUAGAUCUAUAUUCCUUUAAAAAUGCAAGUACUUGUAUUAUUGAGAAAAUUAUUAUUGAAAAAUGCAAUCAAAGAAAAAUAACUGAAUAUCUUAAUUACAACUAUAUAAUAAUAACUUAAUCCAAAUUUAAUUAAAUAUCCUAAUUAUAUUUGCAAAAUUGUAAAUAAUCUUAUUUAUUUACAUAAUUUAUAACCUAACAAAAAUUUAAUUACACAUUAAACUUUCUAAGAUCUUAAAGAUAUUUAUAAAGUUUAAUAGAAAUUAAUAUAUAAAGAAACAAUUUUAAUGACUCUUUGUGAAUUAUUAUCACUAAACUAAGGUGAUUAUUCUAUUAUCUAAUUGAUAGAAAAUGAAUGGUAAAUAGGAUUAUAAGAAUAACAUAAAUAUAAAUAUAGAUAAAGUAAAUAUGAAUUUUAUUUUAGGAAUGAUAUUAAAUGUUUUUGAUUUUAUGAUUGAAAUUUGGUCAUUUGAUCUCCUAAACAUAGUGUCUAUUGGGAUUAUUAAAAUGAUUAUGGAAUGUUUAAAACUAAAUUCUCACUUAACAAAAAGUUUGUCUGUUUUAAGUUUACUAUUGAGAAAAUACACUUCUAGUGUAGUUAUUAAAUGUAAUUAAAUAGAAGAAAUUAUUAAAUAAAUCUAAGAACUCUUUAUAGAACUUCUAAAAGAAGAACCAGACUUAUUUAAUCAAAUAACUCAACUAUAUUAUCUAUUUUUGCUGUAGGAUAUUGCUGAUUAUAAUUUAGCAUUCUAAUUUAUAAUUUAACAUACUAAAUAAUUGUAUAAGAGUCAAUAAUUAGCAUUACUCUGUCUACUUUUUAGCAAUUUUAGACAAGGCUAAUUUCAAGAAUUAAUAAUAUAAUAUUAUUCUACUAUUCUCCAAGAAGUGUAAAAUAAUUAUAAUAUUGAUAGAAUAUUUGAUGAAGGAAGAACUUAUAGUGAAUUAAUUUGUGGAUUAUCUAUCCUUGACUUAAAUCAAUACGAUGUUAAACAUCUAUUAAUUGAAAUCUAAAAAACAUUACCUAUUAAUAGUAUUAUACUAAUAUAUUUUUAGAGAUGCUUAAUAUUAUGAUUUUCAAAGCCACCAAUUGUAUUAAGUUAAAUAUACCAAAUUAUAUUAACUAUUUAAUAAACUUUUUUAAUUGCCUCUUAUAUAAAUAACAUCUAAUGUUUGAUUUAGAAUAACUUACUUUAGAAAAUGAUGAUACUUAAAGUGUAAAGCAUUUUAUUUAUAAAAUGAAAUCUCAUCUAACUUCUAAUGAUUUUUCAUUAGCUACAUAAAUCUAAAGACUCUUUGAAAUAAAAUUCUUUAUUAAAAUUACAUUUUGCAAAGAAAUUAUGUUAAAAUGUAAAAUAUUUUUCAUAAUUUCUUAGUGAAAUUUGACGUGUCCAAACUAUAAUUUAAAUCUGAAGAAGAAAUAGCUAUGGAGAAAUUUCAUAUUGUUUGA